AGAAAGCCAGAAAAUAUUACUCAAGUAGCGAUGAAAUAUCUAUCAUAUACUGGAAUAUUACAUUUGAUGAUUCAUAUACUAACCUAUACCCAGCAUCAACUUAUCAAACUCAAUUAUGUACAGGAUGCAUACUGAAUUCAAACCGGAUUCAAAACAAAUAUACAUUUAACAUCCCUGCUAACUCAUUAACCAAGUUUUUGAGAAGACUAAAAUAUACAGAAAAUAGAACCACACUAAACCUUCAUGCCAACUUGCUAGACCUAAUCUACUCUUUGGUACUACGUAAUUCAAUUACUAUACUAACACAACCUAUUAUUAAACUUCAAGACAAUGCAAUUUUUGAAAUCUUUAAUAAUAAUCAAUCUUCACAAUCACUAUCACAAAUUGCAAAAAACAAUUUAAUUUACUCACAACUUACAUUCUAUACAGAUGGCUCAGUUAAAGAUAUGAAUCAUCAAAU